AGGUGGUGGGUGGUCCGCAGUUCCCCCACUGAGUCCCUGACGCUGUCUCCGCCCAGACCAGGGGGAUGAAGGAUUAUCUUUGCCAGCUGGUCAUUAAGUGCUGCUAUACUGACUUAUUUUGAAAACUUACCUUACCAGAAAAUUUUAAACUCACUGUUUAAGAAUAGUACAGUGAACAGCCGUGUGCACAUAAUCUCUAGCUCGAUGCUGCAGUUUACCAUUUUGCCAUAUACUGCUUUUCUCUCUGUCCCCUCCCCCCACCACCACCACUUUGUAUAUUUCAUGACAGUGACAAGUCUGGGCCAGCUGCAUCACAGAAGGUCCAGCAGUCCGGGUGUGUCUUACUGUGGUCUCACGCUCAGGUUCCUGAUACUAUCUUUGGCAAUAAAAAUGUGAGGUGGUAGUGUGCGACUUCCCAUUGCAUCACCCCAGGAGACCCAAGCGUCUGUUAGUCCCUCACCGGUGAUGCUGGGUUUGACCGCUGGGCAGAGAUGCCACCGCACGUAAUGGUGCCUCUUUCUCUUUGAACUAACGAGUGAUGGGGACGGCACCGAGACAGUGUGCAUUCCUGUUGGCAGCAGCCUCUUCUCGUUGGUCUUAGCGCCUCCAAUGCCUGUGUCAGUUCUCGCCCUGGUGACGCCGUGGUGACGGCCCAGCCAUGACCGUCUAAUUCUGCCCCCCUUUGUUUUAGCGUGACUGUGGACUUAGGAGGGGACUUUUAUUAGUUGCGCAAUAAUCCAUCGCCAUCGUUCUGUUUGAGGGUGUCACCUUCAGCCUCAUCGUUCUUUGAGCACUUACUUGUUGCUUUGGGCAUGAGUUUGCAGGCUCAGCUGCUGCUUCCCCACCCGCUCCCCAGGAUCAGCCUCUUCUGCAGCAAACCCAGCUCCUUCGGAGAGUAUUUGGAAAUCGAGAUCUGAGCAUAUUGAAUCUUUUUUAAGAGUAAAAUUUGUAAGACUGUUGGGCCAAACCGUAUGAGAGCACACGUCAGCAGGGUGAAAACAGAAGGUUCUUUUGGGAUUGGCCAACGAAUUCCUGCUCUUAGCACUGCACUCGGCAUGGCAGUCAGCGACAGGACUGUGCUGUGGCUCCGGCGUUUACCUGCCUUGUUGGUUCAGGGUCGACUCUGAUUUUCGAAGGAUGCAUCUCAUGAUACCCUAGAGCAACCACCAAAAAAGUAGCUAAAAAGCCAACAGGAUAUAGAAUAGACCCUUAAAAAUGCUUUAUUAACUCAAAGCAGAAGAGUGGGGAGGAGAGGUAGAGGAUGAACGCGUGGUUGGCUGGAAAGCGGGAUGCAGACUUCACGCCGUCCGUGCAGGAAAUCCCGUUAGGCAACUCGGCUGGCCAAGAGGCAGCGGUCUGCGCCGGCAUCAGAAGCGACACCUGCAGCCUGCUGCUUGUGAGAGGCGCUUCGGGUAUAAACACACAGGCGCCAUACGGUGCCAGCAAGAAGGAAGGCGGCAUGGCCCCAUCAGCGGGGGACAGUGUGGGCCGGAAGUGCCAGACAUAACGAUUAUGGGCCAUCUCAGAGUGACCGAGGGGUCAGUCCUUCAUGAGGACGUGAGUUUUAAAACGAGUACAUGGGAUGAAAGAGCUUAACAUGCUUGAAGCACAAACUGACAAGAUUGAAGGAGCGGGUUGAGAACAAAAGCCUGCGGAUCCAGAAAAUGCGAACAGCGCUGCCAGCCAGCCGAGCGCCACAGCCCACAGCUGGAGAACGCACAUCCUCCUGCGCGCGAGACAGUCAGAGGCUGGACAGAGCCCUGUGCCACCCAGUAGCGUCUCGGAGCGUCCCCAGGAUGCGGGGGAUGCGGGGCGUGCUCCCUUACCACGUGGCAGUGAGUGUAACUGUAAGGAGACGUAGAAAACCCUCAAACGUUUGGAGUCACCACAUUUUUAAAUUGCCCGUGGAUCAAAGAAGAAAUCACAGAAGAAAGAAAAUGUUUUGAAAUAAACGAUAAUGAAAAUAUAACAUUGACAUCUCGGGCUGGGGGAGCUGUGCUCAGACCGAGUGAGUCAGUAGCUUUAUGUGUUUAUGCAAAGAAGAAAGAUGUAAGAACAGUAACUUACUCUUCUGUCUUGAGAAGCUGGAAAAAGAAGAACAAAUUGAACCCGAAAGACAUAGAAGCAAGGAAAUAGUAAAAACACCAGAAAUCAACAGAGAACAGGGAAAUAGUAAAACCAAAGAUGGUUCUUUAAAAAUGAUUAAAAAUUUGAUAAAUCUUUAUUUACAUUGAUCAAGAACGAGGGCCUACAGAUAUUACAAGGGCAGUGGAAAUAAAUCUUGUUUUGGAUAAUUUACAACUUAGGUGAAAUGGACAUCAGUCAAUUCCCGCAGCCUUCAAGACAGAAGGGCACCGGUUUAUAGACACCCCUGAAAGAAAACAGGAGAGGGAGAGCGCGCUGCCCAGCCCUCCUCAGGCGGCCGUCACAGCCAACCCCCGAAGCAGAUGGGCAGCACGUGCGGGGUGGCGGGCGUGGAGUGUGUGCACGGGCCUGUGCCCUGGAGGACAUAGAGGAGCCCUUAAAGCGUUAGCUGACUCGAGUCUAGCGGUUUAUGGAAAGGGCGGUAGGUACAUCGUGGCCAGCUGGGGUUUCCCUCGGGAGUCCGGGGCUCCUUGGCGGUCAGAACCAGCUGUCGCGAUUCACUGCAUUCACAGGGUAAGUGGGGAAAGUCGUGUGGCAGCUCUGUGGAUGCGGAGGAAGCAUUUGACACAGUUCAUCACUCCUCAAACAAGAAAGGAGGCAGAGCUUUUGGCAAACGCGCGAGGGAGAGCCGGGCGCUCUUCCCGGGGGCCGAGCGGGGCCGACGGGCCGCCGGUUCGUGCCACGGCAGCGAGGCAGAGAGCUAAAAUGCCUAAAGUUGGAAAGGAAAAACUAAACUGUCUUUUUUACAUAAUUAUGUAAACUCUUAAGGCAUCUCUUAAGUCUAUUUCUGAGUGCUAGGCCAGGACAAUUGAAAAAUGAAGUUAAAAACAAUACCAUUCGUGCCAAUACCAAAAAAAACCCCACUUCGGGAUAAAUAUGAAGAAACACGUGGAAGACUCUGUUCACUGAAAACCACGAGAUGUUUCAGAGAAACAUGUAAGGAAACAAACACGGGAGACAGCCCGCAUUCUUGGGCUGGACGGCGGGGUGUCGCUCAGGCCGGUGUCCCCACAUGGCUCUGCAGAUGCCCUGCAUCCCGGGGACAGUUCCCACGGCUUCUCACGGGCCUAGGCAAACAGCCUGUGACCCGUGUGGCCCUGCCAAGGGCCAGCGCAGCCCAAACAGCCUCGAGACAUGAGGCUGGGGGACGGUUCCUAGCGGUGCGAGACUCCCCAGAACGCCACAGCAGCAGAGACGGCGUGCGGUGGGUGCCUCGGAGUCAAAGAGGCCAAAGCCAUCAGUGAGGGAAGUGCUCAGAAUGCGCCUGACGGCGGAACACGCAGGCCUGACGCCCGAGCCCAAGGCCCAUGCGGGCCGGGACCCCAGCGUGAAAACCGGAGAGCACCACCACCACCUCGGGGUGGCGAAGGUGCCUGAGGGUAUGGAAACCCCACACAGAGAAGAAAUAAUAAGCCUGAUUUCUGUGAAGUUGAAAGCUCCACACAAAAGGCACAAUUGCACAAUUAAGAAGUGGCCAGGCAGGCCCCAGACCGGGAGAAGCAGUGGCCAUAUGUGAUUACGACGGGGGCCGGUGGCUGGGAGGACCUUCCGUGGAAGAAUGUACUGAAAUAAACACCCGUCAGACAGCACCCGGAAAGGCACUCGGCGUCUCCCAGGGGAACGCGGUUCAGAACCCCAAGAUGCUAGGCUGAAAACGGCAGCGGCGCUGGGCAGCCACCACGGUUUCCCGCGGCGUGGAUGCUGCCGCGCGUCCCAGGAGCUGUCUGUGGUUCCCCGAUCCCGUGGGGCGUCGGGGAGCAAGUCCUCCUCCGACUCAUGCACGAUUCCUUAAGCACAGGCUCGGAGCGUGUGGUCCCGUGAGAUCGCACCGCGGCGGGCCGGAGCCUGCGGGGCGCGGGCAGCCACAGGGGCGCGGGCCAAAUGGCGGGAUCCCGGGCGUGCGCCCUGGACUGCGCGCCUGCCUGGACAUCAAGGUGCCCAGAAUGGCAAGGGGGGCUGGGACCUGCGUGACGUGGACGUGCAGGCCUCGGCGACGGGUCACAGCAGGGAGGCGCUGACAUGAGCCACGGCACAACAGCACGCGUUCGCUUUGUGAGCGUUCUAGGUACAGGCGACGCGCGGGGGCGGCGGGCCCUGCGGACUGGAUUCGGCGCCCCUGCGGAGGAGAGCGCGCAUGCGGGCGGAAGUGUCCCCGCCCGGAAGCCGGGCCUCAGGGCCGCCCGCGCCCUUGGCUGAGCAUGCUUUCUUUCCAGAAGCCCCCACGAGAAGAAGAAGAAGAGGCGAUCCCGGUCACGCACUGCAGCCAAGGCCGGGUCCCGGCCAGCAUCCCCGAGCAAGCAGGCCGCGCGCCGGCACUCGGCCCACUCGGCCAGCAUCUCUCCCGUGGAGAGCCGGGGCUCCAGCCAGGAGCGCUCCAGGGGCGUUUCUCAGGAAAAGGACGGCCAGAUCUCCUCAGCGAUCGUGUCUUCCGUCCAGAGCAAGAUAACCCAGGACCUCAUGGCCAAAGUCAGAGCGAUGCUCGCAGCUUCCAAAAACAUGCAGACCAGUGCCUCCUGAGACCGCGCUGCUCGGCGGGCCUGGCCGGGGCCAGAAGCUCGCUUCUGCGGGGACCUCGGCACCGUGCGGGUCUCCGGGGCGUCCAUGGACAACGGUGGUUUUGUAAAUUUAUUGUAGAUGACAUUUUCAGCUUCAGAUUUUUGACCAGCAGUCUCUUAUCUGUAUAUUUGUAAAUAAUAUCAUGUUUCUGUGAAAAUGUAUUAUCAAAUAAAAUGGGAGGAAAACACCUUUUUUAGCUA